AUGGCGGAUUAUCGCGCCGUCCUCACGGAGGUCAUCGACUAUGAACGGACUCGUGGUGGUGACGAUAGUUUCAACAGCGUUGAAAAUAACAGUCCAGCGCGUUGGUUGAGCAAGGCCACAAAGUCAGGUGCUAAGAGCCGACUGGUAGAGUCACGCACUCUGAGUCUGAACUUCUGGUGUCUGAAUCCCGCGGUCUGCAUGUCCAGUCUGGCCGCCGUUGCACACAGUCUGAUUCUUGCCAGUGGUACCCUCGCUCCACUGGAUGCCCUCGCCGCUGAGCUUGGUCUCGAGUUCCCAGUACGGCUAGAGGCGAAUCACGUUGUUUCUGCUGAUCGUGUCUUUGCCGCCAGCAUCGCCAGAGGUCCGGGAGGCAAUCGUCUACUGGCAAACUACACCAACCAGAAUUCAUUCGCCUUCCAGGACGACCUUGGCAGCCUUAUUGUGGAGGCCUGCCGUCUGGUACCGGGUGGCGUUCUCUGUUUCUUUCCCUCCUACAGUCUGUUGGACAAGUUGGUUCAGCGUUGGGAGUUGACAGGCAUGUUGGACAAACUGGCAAAAAUAAAAUACAUACUGCAGGAACCACGCACCUCCUCCGACUUCUCCGCCUGGAUGUCCGAGUUCUACGAAGCCAUUGAUGCCACCCGCGCGUCUGCUGAGCAUAGCCCCGGCAGCCUGAAAGAUCUCGGUCUGCCCACUCAAACGGGGGCAGUCGCCCUUGCUGUUUAUCGAGGCAAGGUGGAGCAGAAGCGCAGAUUCAACGAUGCCCUCCGUGCAAAUGCGUUUAAUGCAUCAAUCGCCGCGAGCCCCUCCUCGAAUGUGACAGCUACAGCGGAGCUGAGCACAUCAGGAGAACGCGGAACCGCUUCGGUGACGCCUAAAAUGCGACGCGUUCUCUCUGGCUCUGAGUGGUAUGAGGCACAGGCUUAUCGAGCUUUGAAUCAGGCUCUCGGAAGGUGCAUCCGUCAUCGCCAUGACUGGGGCGCCAUUAUCCUUGCAGAUUGCCGUUUCACGGAGCAGCCAGUGCGCUACUUGUCAGGCGUUAGCCGCUGGCUCCGGAAUCAGUAUGUCAUCAUCUGCUGCAAUGCCUAUACUUCUUCUGCUUCCAUAUCUUUCACUUUGACGAGGCUCAUUUACGGGAACGUUUACGUUCAUUCCGGAUUCUUUUAG